GGCGCUUCUACAGGAUGCAUCUCUCCAUGGAAUCAUAUCCAAGUUAAGAAUCUUUAUUGCACAGUCUGCGUGCGUGGUGCGCGUUCUGCACGCUGGCGGAAGUAGGCUAAACCACAGCCCAGACUGUCCAUGAGAUUGGCAAAAACGCAGAUACACGACAGGACGAAUCCACCUGACAUUGACUGAUCUACGGCUUGUCUCGCAAUGCACCAGGCUUGUUACUGGGGUUUAAACCUGCACUAACAGUCUCCUCCACUUGGCUCCGCCGGAGACAAUGGUAGUUCCACAAUGAGACUGUUCGCGUUAUCCCUUGCUGGCCCCCACCACACCCCGAAUAAGUUAUUAUGUAGUUAAUGGAUUCUAUUGCCCUACAUCACCAGCGGAGCUGAGACGGUGGCAUAUGGGGCAUAGUUCUUGUGGAUUUGAGACAUAUCUCAGUAAGGCCCUCGGUCCUUCCGUUACCCCGUGAGAUGGCAGAGAGCGCGACAGACUGUCAGCUUCCUCAGCAGCGUGUCGGGGCCAAGGAGCAGCCCAACGGACAGUCUACAGACGCGUCGCUGAGCGAGAGGAAACAGUCGGACCGGGAGGAGCGUCUGUCUCUGGUGGUGUGGAAGAGGCCGUUAGUCACACUCCACUACUUCCUGUUGGAGCUGCUAAUCACCCUGAAGGAGUGGGCGUGCAGGCUUUGGCACCGGCGACAGACCGCGUUCGCCUUGUCGGGGCUCUUCAUCCUUCUGUAUGUGGUCUACUCCAUCGAAGGAACUCAUCAAAAGUACGUACAGUACGUGGAGAAGAGGUCCCUGUGGUGUGCCUACUGGCUGGGCCUGGGCAUCCUGUCCUCCGUGGGUCUGGGGACUGGCCUGCACACUUUCCUGCUCUACCUGGGUCCUCACAUCGCAUCAGUGACCCUGGCGGCGUACGAGUGCGGCUCCGUCGACUUCCCCGAGCCGCCCUACCCCGAGCAGAUCAUCUGCCCCCUGGAGGCCGGGGCUCAGGAGGAGGCCGGGGCGGGGGCUGUGCAGGGCAGCAUCACCCUCUGGACCAUCCUGUCCAAGGUCCGCCUGGAGGCCUGCAUGUGGGGCGCAGGUACAGCCAUAGGAGAGCUGCCUCCCUACUUCAUGGCGCGGGCUGCGAGGCUGUCUGGUGCUGAGCCUGACGAUGAGGACUACGAGGAGUUUGAGGAGAUGCUGGAGCAGGCAGAGACCGCGCAGGACUUUGCCACCAAAGCAAAACUAACCGUGCAGACAAUGAUCCAGCGGAUUGGCUUCUUUGGAAUUCUAGCAUGCGCCUCUAUUCCAAACCCUCUAUUUGACCUGGCAGGAAUAACAUGUGGCCAUUUUCUGGUCCCCUUUUGGACUUUCUUUGGUGCAACACUGAUUGGGAAGGCAAUCAUCAAAAUGCACAUUCAGAAACUGUUUGUGAUCAUAACCUUCAGCAAGCACAUAGUGGAGCAGAUGGUGGCGCUCAUCGGUGCUGUGCCAGUGCUGGGGGCCUCCAUCCAGAGGCCCUUCAGAGACUAUUUGGAGGCCCAGAGGUCGAAAAUGCACCGUGGCGCUGGAGAGGGGACCCCGGCGGAAGAGAACUGGCUCUCCUGGCUUUUCGAAAAGGUGGUGAUCGUCAUGGUAUGUUUCUUUGUCUGCUCCAUCGUCAACUCCAUGGCCCAGAGCUAUGCCAAGAGGUUACAGCAGCAGAAGUUCUCAGAGGGCAAGACCCAAUGAAGACCUCCCUGAUAUUCCUUUUUGGAGCACUUUGGGGGUUCUCUGGUCCAAAACCUUGCUUCUUUCAGACAGAAUUCUGACAUCAUCCGGAGAUUUACGGCUUCUUUAAAUCGAACCCAUAAUGAAAUAACAGGGUUUUUUUUGGUUUCUGUAGUGGUACUGACGAUUAUUGCGUUUACUUUUGAAUUUGGACUUCUUUCAUUGGCUUGUUAGUGGCUGUUUUUGUUGUUGUUGAGAUUUCUAGCUUUUAGGGUCUUGGCCUUUUUUCAGAGGUUUAUUGUCCUCUCCAAGGUAGGUGCUUGAUCGUGUGCUUGUUGUGGAUAGUAUAACUAUUUCAGGCAUAGGGCAGCUUCAACUUUUUGUGUGAGUGUGUAUGGAUGUACUGUCUGUCGGCAAUGAUUCUCCAUGGCGAGGCCUUAUGCUGCACUGGAACUUAGUGGUUUUUAUUGUAGAGGUGCCUGAUUUACUUGAUUGUGUUUGGUUUAGAUCUGUUUACUCGAGCUAAUUGAAUUAUUUUCUGAGUAUACUGUAAACCCAUCUCACUUAAUUGUAUUUGAAUUAUUAAAAAAAUUAGACUUAUGGUAAUUAACUCAACUGUUGAGCAAUAAUGGCAAUACAGAUAAGAUAGACUGCGAAUCUUGUAUAUACUUGUUUUUAGUUUACUGCCAAUUUUCCAUUUUCAUUAAUUUAUUUAGCUGAAGAAUAUAUUCCAGUUUUAAGAUUACAUUUGUGCCUCCUGUCGUUGAUGCCAUUUGUAUUCUGUACAGAGCAACUAGGGAUGAGUGUUUAUAAAUCAACCAUGAAUCAUUCUGCUCAA